AUGACAUGUGAUCAACUAUGGCAUAGGUGGAGUGAUGAGAUAAGCGUGCCAGAUAGAGGCAUUCAUCCAGAGGGAAUGGAACAUCUGGAAGUCCCAGUAGAUCAAAGGGGGAGCCCUCUAGUGACAGAGACUGAAACAACAGAGACUGGAAUGAUGGGAUGCCGAAUAACUCCUGAGGGGGAAAUAAUUCCUGAAGUAAAGAUGAGGGGUGAUCCAGUAUUGAUAAACGAUCAAGGACAUGCUGAGACAAAUGUGAAUGAAGAGCCAAGGCACUCACAACAGGGGAAUUUAAGCUUUUCAUGUGAGGAGCCCUACACUGUUCCUGUCUUUUUCAAUGGAACAAGUUUUCUGGAAUUGCCGGGCCUUCAAAACCAGGACCUAUUUUCAGUCAGCUUUCAGUUUCGGACUUGGAAUCCAAAUGGACUUUUACUGUUCAGCAGCUUCAAUGAAGAAUUGGGAACUAUAGAGAUUGACUUAACUGAGGGCAAAGUCAGCAUUCAUAUCAAUGUCACUGGAGUGAAGAAGAACCAAAUAGACAUAUCUUCAGGUGCUCGACUGAAUGAUGGGCAGUGGCAUGAGGUUCGGUUCUUAGCCAAGGAAAAUUUUGCAAUGCUUACCAUUGAUGGUGAUGAAGCUUCUUCUGUUCGGAGUAACAGUCCACUGAAAGUAUUGACAGGAGAGAAAUAUGUGUUUGGAGGUUUCCUCCAGCAAUCAUUCCAAGGCUGCAUGCAGCUUAUUCAUGUGGAUGAUCAACUGGUGGAUUUGCAUGCAGUAGAGCAAGGAAAGCUGGGAAGUUUUGCCAAUGUCAGCAUUGAUAUGUGUGCCAUUAUUGAUCG